AUGACAGGCUCAAUUCAAAAAUCAAUUAUUUUUCUUUUCCUUCACUUUCAGGCCAAUGAUUUUACAUUUUGGAAAUUUACCUCUGCCACAUUCAUUCCCAUCAUAAGAGAUUCAGAGCUAGCAUUCAAUACAGGUAAAUCUGAGCUUUGGAGUCCUUUUGGUGGAUUCACUUGGGAUGAGACUAAGCUUGGUUUGGGAAAUUAUUUAAGAAAGUCAAUGGAAGAUAAGCAAAGAUCAGAAGCUUUCUUUUGUCUUCCCGCUACUGAUCAACAGGAUAGUCCACCUGGAAUUGAAAUCUUUCAACAACUCAACCUUAUGUUACAAUCAGAAAUCAUAAGCUGGACCACCAAGCUUCAAGAUAUCUUUAGAAUUGAAUCAUCAUAUAAGAAAGAGUUUUUCUGGUUGUUGAUGGGUGAGCUGGCAUCUUAUAUGCCAACUCCAGCUAUUCAAGUAACUAUCAUUCAAGUGGAAAAAGAGAGUAGGAACCCAUGGGAAACAGAAGAGAUUGGAAUGAGAACAGAUCAAGAUGAUUGUUUGACAGAAGUGAUGCAAAAAUGUAGGAAGGUUUUGAAAGAACAUAUCAUCUCACUCAAACAUGGGAUAGAAACUGAAAGAAUCAUGAACAUAUUCACAACUCAAGAACAAGAAAAGUUGGGAGAUUUUAAGAUCUCACUCCAAAAUGAUUGGUCAGUCUUUGAAGAAAUUGAACUUUGUCAACACUUUCUAUUAUUUUACACAUCUGUAACUCUUUACAAACAUACACAUCAAGAUCUACCUAUGUACUUGCACACAGACAAUACAGUUGAAGGAAUUCUAGAAACCCAAGCAGUUCUAGUGAGUUUGAUCAAGUUGAAAAAAAGAAAUGAUUUGAAAGUACAUGAAUUACCGUAUGAAUUGAAUCAAGUUUAUGGAAAAUGGAUCAAUAAAUACAUAAAUGAACUUACAGAUAAAUUCAUCAACUCAAUCAAUUCUUUGAAUGAAAUACAACUUCAAUCAUUUGAAGGAACACAAGUAAGGCUGGUAUAUGGUUUGUUAGUUAGUAUAUAUGAAGAUCAUACUGAAAUUAAGAAAGUUAUCACAUUUUGGAUAAGAUAUAUGGAUUUUUACCUUGGAAUAAAUCAUUUAAAAGAUUUAUUAUAUCCUAUUGAUUCUAUAGAAAAACUAAUAAUUAAAGAUAUUAAUCAUAUGGAAUAUAUUAUGAAUGAAUUUCAAAAGAUUUCAAAUCCUUCAAUAAAUCAAAAAAACUUAUUGAACAGAUUCUUGGAAUUCUUUUUAGAAAAAACUGAAGAUUUAGAACUCAGACAAAUUGCUUUAGAUGGUUUAUUGAAAAUUCAAAAAAUCAAGGAUCAAGACAGUUUAAAGUCUUUGCUGCAGUACCAUUUCUUAUGUCUCGCACAUUUUCCUGGAUACUACCUUGGGCUCGUCAUGAAAAGUCUGGAAUUUGUAAGAGUGGGUGUACGAGGUGGUCAACAAGGUCACAAAACCAGCGAUUUGAUGCAGGGUUCAUCAGGUUGUGAUCAAAGUUCAUCAUUUCCUUUUCUUAUACUGCUUCAAUUAACCACCAAAUCCUCCAAACAAACAAGAUUAGUUGAACUUGUUGAUAUCAAGAACGAGGGGAUGAAGGGCUUGGAAUGUCAGGGGAAACCAAUGGAUGUGGUAUGA